AUGGGCUCUCCUCCUGGAGUUCUAGUGAGGGUUCCUCAGGGCCAAGUUCACCUGUUGCUUGUAGCUCUGUUCUGGCAAGACCAAGUCUGGUUCUCAGAUCUAGUGUCUCUCCUGGAUGGUGCUGGUGGUAGUGGAGGAGCUCCAGGACUUGGUCUGCAGGGUCAGGUAGGAACUGGUCCAGCAGGAGGAUUUGGCACGGGGGCAUGGCCAGUUGGUGGUUAUGGUCCAGGGACUGUAGGGUCUGGAUUUGCUGGAGCAGGACUUCCUGGUAGUGCUGUCGGAGCAGGAAGCAGAGGAGGGCUUGGGCCUGGGUAUGGAACAGGUGCUGGAGGACAACCAGCUGGUGGGGUCGGAAGUGGGUUGGGUGGGUCGGUACCAGCAACUGGUGGAACUGGGGCCACAGGAACCGGAAUCGGAACUGGUGGUGUAGGUGGGGCUGGAGGCACACCAGUUUCAGGAACCAAACCAGACAAAUAUGGCAUCAUAGGAGGAACAGCAAUUCCAGGAAGUACAGCUGCUACAGGCACAGAUCGUGGAGCAGGACUUAAACCUGGAGUUGAUGGAGGUGGAACAAAAGCUCCCAAGACUGAAUCUGGCGGACCAAUAGAGGGAUCAGGUGUUACUGGUGGGUCUAUUGAUACUGAUGGACUUGAUGGGGUUGCUGGGACAGGAAUACCCAUUUUAGCUGGAGAAAAACCAGGUAGACCCUUCCUUUUCAGUGAACUUGUAGACAUCAUCCUUUGCAGUGUCUCUGGAACUGUACCAGGUGGAACGGGAGUGCCACGACCCGAGAGAGUUGGCGAUAGUGGAACACUUCCAGGAGCCAAACCACUAAAGCCCCCAGGCAUUGGAGGUGGAGCCAUUGCUGGACGUGGAGAUACCCCAGGCGUUAUUGAAGGAGGACCUGGAAGUGUGGAGUCGGUGGAGUUCCAGGUGGAGUCGGUGGAGUUCCAGGUGGAGUCGGUGGAGUUCCAGGUGGAGUCGGUGGAGUUCCAGGGGGAGUUGGUGGAGUUCCAGGGGGAGUCGGUGGAGUUCCAGGUGGAGUCGGUGGAGUUCCAGGUGGAGUCGGUGGAGUUCCAGGUGGCGUGGUGGAGUCCAGGUGGAGUCGGUGGAGUUCCAGGUGGAGUCGGUGGAGUUCCAGGUGGAGUCGGUGGAGUUCCAGGUGGAGUCGGUGGAGUUCCAGGUGGAGUCGGUGGAGUUCCAGGUGGAGUCGGUGGAGUUCCAGGGGGAGUCGGUGGAGUUCCAGGUGGAGUCGGUGGAGUUCCAGGUGGAAUUGGAGGAGGAGUUAAACCCCCUAAAGUUUACAGCGGUACUGGAGCUCUUGGAGUUGGUGGUGUAGGUGGAACAGGUCCAGCUGGAACAGGAGGAGCUGGACUUCUGCCUGGAGGUGGUGGUUUACUACCAGGAGGCCUCAGGUUCCCCAGUGGGGCUGCAGUGGGCAGCAAACAAGGAAAAGUUUAUGGGGCAGCAGGCACACUUGGUGGGUUUGGAGGCCCAGGUGGAUAUGGAACAGGACCCGGUGGCUUUGGAGGUGGUCCAGGUGGUUACGGUGGUGUCCCCGGUGGCUAUGGUGGUGGCCCAGGCAGUGCUGGUGGACUCGGAGGGCCUGGAAUUGGUGGGCUUGGUUAUGGUUAUGGUCCUGGUGCAGUAAAACCACCUAAAAGCUAUGGAGGAACUGGAACACUGGGUGGGGCUGGAAGAGGAGGAGUUGGUGGAGGUCCUGGAGGUCUUGGUGGUGGUCUAGGAGUGGGACCAGGAGGUGUUGGUGGAGGUCCUGGAGGAGUUGGAGGCUUGGGUGGAGGUUUAGGUGCCAGAUAUCCAGGUGGUGGCCUGGGAGCUGGAGUUGUGAAACCUGGGAAAUCAGGGUAUGGAGGUUUAGGUGCAGCUGGAGGUGUGGGAGGUUUUGGAGGAGCAGGUGGAGGACUAGGUCUAGGAGGAGGUGCUGGGAGCCCAGUAGGAACUGGUUAUGGUGGCACUGGUGCAGGGGGACCUGGAAGUGCUCCACUUACACCUCAGCAAUCAAAAGCAGCCAAAUAUGCAGCUCUUCAAGGCUUUCUAGGUGCUGGAGGCUACAGAGUAGUGGUGGUAGUGACGGUGUCUUCUCCUGUAGGGGGCGCAGGAUGCCAAGGCAAAUACUGCGGAAGAAGGAGGAAGUGA